AUGGGUCUCCUCCGGGUCAUGAUGAUGGCCCCAAAGGUGUACCUCCUGGCUCUGCUGGCGUUCGGGGUGGCUGUACUCUUCAUAGAAAACCAGAUCCAAAAACUAGAGGAGUCCCGAGCUAAACUGGAGCGCACCAUCGCCAGACACGAGCUGGCGCAGGUGGAGCAGCGGCACAGCGAGUCGUUGGGGAGAGAGUCUUCAUCGACGGCCGAGCGAGACGACUCCGUGAUCAUCUACAACCGAGUCCCCAAGACCGGCAGCACCUCCUUCACCAACAUCGCCUAUGACCUGUGCCCCAAGAACAACUUCCACGUGCUGCACAUCAACACAAGCAAGAACAACCCCGUCAUGUCCAUACAGGACCAGAUGCGGUUCGUCCGAAACGUCACAUCAUGGAAAGAGAUGAAACCGGGGUUCUACCACGGCCACGUCGCCUAUCUGGACUUCUCAAAGUAUGGAGUGAAGGGAAAGCCUUUGUAUAUUAAUGUGGUGAGGGACCCGAUCGAGCGCCUGGUGUCCUAUUACUACUUCCUGAGGUUUGGAGACGACUACAGACCUGGACUACGAAGGAGGAAGCAAGGAGACAAAAAGACGUUUGACGAGUGCGUGGCGUCCGGAGGCUCAGACUGCGCUCCGGAGAAGCUGUGGCUGCAGAUCCCCUUCUUCUGCGGACACCACUCAGAGUGCUGGAACGCAGGCAGCCGCUGGGCUCUGGAUCAGGCCAAACUCAACCUGGUGAACGAGUACCUGAUCGUGGGAGUGACGGAGGAGCUGGAGGACUUCAUCAUGAUCCUGGAGGCCACGCUGCCCAGGUUCUUCAAAGGAGCCACGGAGCUCUACAAGACAGGAAAGCGGUCCCACCUGAGGAAGACCACGGAGAAGAAGGCCCCGGCCAAAGAGACCAUCACCAAGCUGCAGCAGUCCAACAUCUGGAAAAUGGAGAAUGAGUUUUACGAGUUUGCCCUCGAACAGUUCCAGUUUGUGCGCGCUCACGCUGUCAGGGAGAAGGACGGCGAGCUCUACGUGCUGGCUCAGAGCUUCUUCUACGAGAAAAUCUACCCCAAAGUCAACUGA